AAGAUCGCUCCACUCCAGCUCAGAUGGUGCUAAACAGAGCUAUUGUGGAGGCACGAAGAUGGAUGGAAGCCCAAUUACUUCUGUCUCGUAACCGGAAGUCGCAGCCGGCUCCCUCUAUUCAACCCCCAUGUCUAGAUACCCACGAGUGCUUUGUUGACGCAGCAUGGGCCAGUGAUGGCUGCAGUGGGAUGGGAUGGUUGUUCCGGAAUGGCUCAAAAAAGAUUUUGAGUCAAAAUUCAGCUAACCAUAAGUUUGUUGGUUCAGCUCUUAUUGCAGAGACACUUGCUGUGAAAUUUGCUAUGUUGGAUGCUCAAUCUGCUGGUUUUCACAAGCUCAAGGUCUUCUCCGAUUGUAAAGUGCUAAUCUCGCUUCUCAACACUGGAAACAGUAAUGUCGAUCUCCGAAGCCUGCUUCACGACAUCAGAGAUUUGAGUGUCUCCUUUACCACUAUCUCUUUUCAAUUUGUUCCCCGUUUGGAAAAUGUCUUAGCUGAUAGCUUAGCUAAAUCUGCUUUGUCCUCUGUAAUUCGUUCCUCCUCUAAUGGAGGGUAAACUCUGGUGUUUAUUUAAUGCAAGUUUCAGUUUGAUCAAAAAAAAAAAAAGAAAUAGAUUAAGAUCAU